CAGCUCCAUCUCUCUCUCUCUCUCUCUCUCUCUCUCUCUCUCUCUCUCUCUCUCUCUCUCUUCUUAAAUUGACACCGGUCUGGUUCGAAACAUGAUAAGAGAAAAACCUUGGUGCGCUAUUCGAUCCGGUUCAGCAGCGAGCAGCGUGCCAGCUGUGAGGGACUAACAGCAGAUCCGAGUCUUUGUGUCAAACUUAACAUGUACGUGCACGUCCUGAUCCGCGCCAGCGUUGGAUUUGUGGGUCUGUGCCUGGUCGCCUUUGUCCAACAGUCUGCUUCAGGAAGUAAAACCGCUCAAGAUGUGGACGAGUGCGCCGAGGCGCUUGAUAACUGCAGCAUCGAUGCCAUCUGCCAGAAUACCCUGAAGUCAUACAAAUGUAUCUGCAAGUCGGGUUAUAAAGGAGACGGCAAACACUGUGAAGAUGUUGACGAAUGUGCGACUGAAUACAACGGUGGAUGCGUCCAUGAGUGCAUCAACAUCCCUGGAAAUUACAGGUGCACAUGCUAUGAUGGCUUCCGCUUGGCACAUGAUGGGCACAACUGUCUCGAUGUCGACGAGUGUUCAGAAGGAAACGGCGGAUGCCAACAGAUUUGUGUCAACAUGAUGGGUAGUUAUGAGUGCCGCUGUAGAGAAGGAUUUCUCCUGAGUGACAACCAGCAUACAUGUAUCCAACGGCCUAAAGUGCGAUCAGAAGGCACAAAAGAGGGGCCGACCUGCAUGGACAAGAAUCACGGCUGUGCACACAUCUGCAGAGAAACACAAAAAGGUGGGAUCUCUUGCGAGUGCCGACCUGGAUUCCAGCUGACCCGAAACAUGAAGGACUGCAAACUGACCUGCAACUAUGGCAACGGGGGUUGCCAGCACAUCUGCGAAGAGACAGAUCAUGGACCCAAGUGUUCGUGCCACAUGAAGUUUGUCCUGCACAGCGAUGGAAAAACUUGUGUAGGGGAGAGGAGCGUCCAGUCGCAGGCAGCCCCACAGCUGUUCCCCAAUGAGACCUGUGCGGUGAACAAUGGCGGCUGCGAUAGCACAUGUCACGACUCGGUGACAGGAGUCCGCUGUAGCUGUCCUGUUGGCUUCACUCUGCAGCCGGACCGCAAGACCUGCAAAGAUAUUGACGAGUGCCGUCUUAACAACGGAGGGUGUGACCAUGUGUGCCGAAACACAGUGGGCAGCUUUGAGUGUAGCUGCAAAAAAGGCUACAAGCUGCUGACCAAUGAGAGAACAUGUCAAGACAUUGACGAAUGCUCUUUCGAUCGCGCCUGUGACCACUUUUGUGUCAACUCUGCUGGCAGUUUCCAGUGUCUCUGUCAUAAAGGUUACGUGCUCUAUGGCCUGGCACACUGUGGAGAUAUUGAUGAAUGCAGUAUAAACCGUGGGGGCUGUAAAUACGGCUGCAUUAACACUCUGGGGAGCUACGAGUGCACCUGCCCACCAGGGUACAAGCUGCACUGGAACAAGAAGGACUGUGUUGAGCUGGUGAAGUGUCCUCCUGGGAUGGUGGCGCCAAAGGCAACUCUGACCUGCAGCAAAACGGGCAAGAAGGAGAGCUGCUCGCUCACCUGCGCUUCUAAGGCUCAUUAUCUGGCAGAGUCCGAUAGCAGUUACUCGGUGAGCUGUGGCAUCCCCAUUCUCAGAGGGAAGACUCCGUCCAGGCUCAACUCCAGCAGCAGUCAUAGCUGUAUAGAGACUUUGGCGCCACCAGUGAAGCAGACAGCUUCUUUCAAGAUUAAAAACGCUAAAUGUCAUCUGCACCCUAAACUGACUGGCAGGACGGAGGACAGGGGGAGGACUGUGGGACCAGGAGGUGGGCAGCCCUGUAGUAACUGCCUGGUAACGUUCGUCAACCUUAAAUGCGACUCGUCCAAGAAAACGAAAGGCCGCCGUGCUCGUAACCCCCCUAACAAAGAGGUAACGCGAAUUACCGUGGAGCUGGAGGCUGAGGUCAAACCUGGGGACACUACAGGGAGCUGCAACCUCAGCUGCCUCAGACAUCGAAUGGAGAAACAGGUUAAGACUUACAUCAAAUCUCUGAAGAAGUCCAUCAAUCAGGAGCGCUUCCUGAUCCGGGUUGCAGGCUUAGAAUAUGAGGUGGCCCAGAAACUUCCCCAGGCAGCUCCCACACAGGAGAACUGUGGACCGGGCUCAGAGAGGGAUAGUGGGCAAUGUGUCAGAUGCAUGCCGGGGUCGUACUACCAUGGUGAGCAGGAGCGUUGUGUUCAGUGCCCACCAGGCACUUUCCAGGAGAAAGAAGGGCAGCUGGCAUGUGACCUCUGCCCAGGCAGCGAUGGCCAUGGACCUGUUGGGGCCAGAAACAUCUCCUCCUGUGCAGGUCAGUGUCCAACGGGGUACUUCUCCAGUGAUGGGUUCAAACCUUGUCAACCUUGUCCACAAGGCACUUACCAACCAGAUCUAGGACGCACUCUUUGCUUUCCAUGUGGAGGAGGACUUGGCACCAAGCGGGAGGGUGCCAGCUCCUUCCAUGACUGUGAAGUCAAAGUUCAGUGUUCUCCGGGUCAUUACUACGAUACCACGGUACACAGAUGUAUCCGCUGCCCAGUGGGGACGUAUCAGACAGAAUUCAGACAGAACUACUGUAUUUCCUGCCCGGGAAACACAACCACUGACUUCGACGGGGCCACCAGUGUAUCACAGUGCAAGAACAGGCAGUGUGGUGGAGAGAUGGGAGAAUUCAUGGGUUACAUCGAGUCUCCUAACUACCCUGGUAAUUACCCCGCCAACGUGGAGUGUAUCUGGAACAUCAGCCCUCCCAGCAAACGCAAGAUCCUGAUUGUUGUACCAGAGAUCUUCCUUCCAUCAGAGGACGAGUGUGGGGAUGUGCUGGUGAUGAGAAAGAACUGGUCAGCCACAUCCAUCACCACCUAUGAGACAUGUCAGACAUACGAGAGGCCGAUUGCCUUCACGGCACGAUCCAGACGUCUCUGGAUUAACUUCAAAUCCAACGAGGCCAACAGCGCCAGAGGCUUUCAGAUCCCCUAUGUAACUUACGAUGAGGACUAUGAACAGCUUGUCGAGGACAUAGUGCGGGACGGAAGACUCUAUGCCUCUGAAAACCAUCAAGAAAUCCUCAAGGAUAAAAAACUGAUUAAGACUCUGUUCGACGUGCUGGCUCACCCAAACAACUACUUUAAGUACACCACUCGGGAAUCCAAUGAGAUGCUUCCCCGCUCCUUCAUACGCCUCAUAAGCAGCAAAGUCUCCGCUUUCCUGCGACCUUAUAAGUAAAGGUCAGAAAACUGAUGUUGCACCUGAUUCUGACCCCUGACCUUCCCCCCUCCACCUUACAGAUCACACUCCUCGCUCUUACAGGACCUAAACACAAAACUCGUAAGUUUACCCUUUUUAUUUGCCGCAGGCUUUGACAACACACAGUGCAGACCUGUGAGCAGCUUUGUGUUUUAGGGGCUUAUUUUUAAAAAUAUACGUAAUUUUCCAUUUAGCACACAUCUGCAAUCCCAAACACAAGCGAUCUGAGGGAAUGUAGAAUACAUGAGUGGGUUUGGUUUCUGGUUUUGUGUAAUGAAAAACUUUUUCAGACAGUAGGAGUGUCGUCUCGUGUGUGGUUUGAGUUUGUAAUUGUAUUUGUUUUAAAGGGGCAGUCUGACUCCUACCACUGAGUGUGACUGUAAGUGUGUUGUGUAAUUCUGGUUUCCACCGUCCACCAUCGUCCUCGAGGAGGAGCACUUCGUUUCAUCCCGCAUCUUUCGAAGCCUUAUGAUGUUUGAGCUCUUAGAGCAGUUUAAGGGUGUUGCUGUUAAAACAGUCAAAUCCAUGUCGUGUCCUUCCGUCCACACUGUAAAGACGUCAUCCAACCUUCACAGUUUGCCAUCUUCAAGCCAAUUAAAGAUGGUUUGUCACUGCAGGACCACGGCGGGAGAUUAAUUACAAACUUGAGAAAUGUGAGAGCUGCAGAAAUGAGACGAACAUGUCGGGGAGAGAGAGAGAGAGAAUGAGAAAUGUCUGAGGGACAUGAUGUUUGCUGCUUCUUUUAAAGGUCACUUUAAUUCUUCUAUCUCAUUGUGUUGCUGAUUUCUACCACACUGGUGGUCUGCAGGUUGAAAACUAAAAGGAAAGCCUGAAACCUUUUCUUUUAACAUGAUAAAUUAGUCUCAUUUUGCCCAUCUGUGGACUACCAGUUUUAUUUUGUUUUUUAAUUUUUGUAAAUACUGAGAAAUUAGACAAGGGUUGGAUUCUGUUGAUUUUAAUGUGCUGCCCACAUUUCUUAACUCCAAAGGCACUGUGUUCCCGUGACAGACACCCUGCUCACAUGUUUUGUUCUGACCCAAUGAAGCCGGCUCUUUCAGAGACUGCAGAACAAGACCAAGUCCAGUCAUUUUGUGCACUGGAUUUGAAACGAGUCCUCAUCCUGCUUGAUGGGUUUGAUGGCAACGGAUUAAAGGAACACCUUUGCUUUGGUUACACUCAGAUUGUGCAAAGUGUUUUUUGGCUGCGGUCUUGAGUCAUUGGAUUAAAUGUUAGUCACUCAUGCUGGGCAAAAAUUGGAUGCAGAAUAUUAAAAAAAAAAAAAUCAGAUUUGUAUUUGUGUAGAAAGCUUUGUAAUUUCAAAACUGACCAAAACAGGGUAAAUAAAUAAAAUUCAGUAACACUUUGAAGUGCAGCUCGAACUGCCCCCACAUCUAAAGCCAACUAUAAACUUCCUUAGACAACCACCAAAACACAAUCAGGGUGUUCACAAAAAAAAACUAAACUGGCAUCAAGCCAGGUACUGAAGGCGGCAUCCAUAAUGUUUGUUGCUAUGCCACAUUUUAAGGGUGUUGUUAUGGAAAACGUAACCCUUAGGAAUGAAAUUAUUCAGGCAUGGAUGUAUUUAUUGUGCCCUGAGACUUUCUUCUCAUGGAUUAUUGUUGAAAAUUAAACACCUUUGUGUCAUUUUAAUGCAACAAGCUAGUUUGGAUCCCAAGUUUUGUUUGGGAACAUCCAGAUUAUGGUUUGGUUUCAGAUCGUUGAGCCAUCAUUACUGCCACAUUGCAGACAUUAAAUGUGUAGUUUGUGAGCUGAUGGCAAAUUUCUUCUUCAGCCCCUCUAUAGAAAAUGACCAUUUGCUAUCUGAUGUCCAUUUUACGGGAGGAGGUUUUGACCUUUAGUUUCAAGUACCUUGAUUUCAGGAUGACAAAGGGACUUUGACAACUGGAGGGUGAUGCUGGGGAAGCCCACAACCAUCUGUUUGAAAUUUGGAAAUGGGGGGGGGCGGCGUCAACUAACAUUCCAGCAUCACAUUCCCAUGUGCCCUUCAGUACCCCCCCCCCCCCCCCCCCACCACCACCACCACAAUCAGCUUCCUCCUGCAACCUGACAAAAGAAAAUGGCUUUUUUUUUUUUAUGCGUUUGCUAUGAUGUAUCAGAGUUGAUAUUUGCACUUGAAUUGUUAUUGCUCAUGUAAAGAGAUGUCUGGAUUUUGUAUUUGUCUUUUUAAAUGAAUGGAGUUGUUCUUAUUUUCUUGUAGCCUGUUUGUUCAUGAAAUCCUCCCCGUUUUAGUCUAUAGACUCUAUACACUUAAACAUUACAGACUGUAAAAAUGUGUACAGACAAGAAUGAAACAAGUUUGUACUCGUUACUGUUCAACACUUAAAAUAAAACAUACUGUACUUCAGCCUCA